GUCCAUCCCUGGCGGGUAGUGUUGGAAAGUGUCGAUGGUAAUAGCUGUAGUGUGACCAUAGUUCCUAGCCAAGUUCACCACCCUCUCACAGUGCUUUGUGGUAUUUUUAAAAGAUCAGCGAAAGGUCACUAGCGAGUAAAAUGGCGGGAGCUGUACACGAAUUUCAUCUGGUAAACAAAUUUUGUAAAUAAAAUGGUUAAAACUCGUGUAGCGCCGUGCGCUACGGCCGCGGAUGCGGGGACCACAACCAGACGCAAUCGCCGGUGCGAUCAAAAACUUUCGGACGCAGCUAUUUUGGCCGUAAUAGCGGAGCCCCAGUACAACCUCAAAAAAUGCGUAGUGAAACUAAGGCGCAUAAAGGCGCCCGAGGAGGCAGCGCCCGAAGUGGAUUCUAGCACUUUCGAGCCGGCUCGAAACUCAACGAUGUACGUUCCCUCGAAGGUACAGAUCAUAAAACCACCCCCAGUUACCAGGAAGAAGGCGGCAGGUCCAAGAAAAUCACCUUGUCGACUAAUCCCCGGGGUUAACAGCCCAAGCAAACCAGCGGCAGAGGUUUCGCCCAAAAAGCCAUCUCGCUUCUUCCACCGAGAUCAGCCGCCAUCGAGAACACGCUCCUCGGUUACCCGCAAUGUCUUCGACUUCCUCUCGCAGUCCCAGAUCGAAGAUGAGGACAACAGGGAGGAUCCCGCGGCAGACAUAGUUCAGCGCUUGGUGAAAUCCGGCAAGGCCUGUGUGAUGAUGCGGUCAACCAAAUCUGGGAAACCAAGAGCCAAAAGGAGUAAAAACAAGAUCAAACCGGUGGGCAGGCGGAGACAGUGUUCGUUGAAGGAUAUGAAACCACCUGAGCCGGUUUCAAAGCCCAAGGAACUGCGCAUACAGAAGCCAUCACGCGCACUUUCGCCCGUUUACGAGCCCGAGGAGGAUAGCAACGAUUCGGAUGUCUAUGCUCCUUGCAUGGAGCCCAUUGAGGUGCCCGUUCAGGUGCAUGUCGAGCCGAGCACUUCCAAGCAAGCCCAGGAUGGAGCCUACAGCAAUUUGGCCCGCUCCGUGAUGCUUCAUCAAACCCAAGCCCAGAAUCCGCCGAAGUCCACGGACAGACGCCGAGAGCUAAUUAACAUGGCGCGCCAGUUGGUUAGCACGCCGCUGAACCGUAAGGUACCCCCGGUGUCAGCAGCCAAUGCCGCAACCAAUGCAAUAUCGCCCAUUACCCGCCCGUCUCCAAAUGCAGUCAGUCCGGCGGGAGCAUCGUCGCCUUGGCGCAUUUCCGACGAGUCGCCAAUGCCCAAUACUUUUAUGUUUGGCUUCAACACCUCCCAGCUGCCCUCUUACUCCAGUGAUCACAUGCGGCGACGGCAUGUGUAUGUACCGGAUGGUCAAGCGGAGCAAUCCGAGGAGCCUGCUCACGAGGUGUCCAUUUGUCCGCCCUUGCCCGUGCAAGGUCAUGACUCAAAUGCGAACGACUCGAAUGAGGAGAACCUUCCGCCCUCUACUGCUAGCAAAACGACGACAUUCAAUGAACAGGAAAACAUUGGGAAUGCGGAGGACUUUGUUCACUUGCCGAAUCCACGGAGAACGCUGCAAAAGCGAGCGCCAUUCAAAGAAAUAAACAUUAUAGAAGUGGUGACGUUGCCGCCGUGGAAGAAGAAUGUGCAAACUACUCCCUCGAAGGAAAUCAAUUCCACCGUAGUCUCUACUAACAAAGCAGCCACUGCAUCACCAGCUCAGCGCAGUCAAACUCGGGCGAAUCUUUUCGGCUUUGACGAGAUUUUGCCCUGUGAAAAUAUGGCUAGUGAAGCAACGGAACCGCGAAAUGCAACAAACACUCCCUCAAAUGGUAUCACUCCCACUAGAGGGUCAACUAAUUCAAUGCAGACUACAUCUCCACCGAAUCGCAGUCAAACGCAAUCGAAUCUCUCUGGAAAGAGCCCAACACCACGAGACACUACCUCACGAAAUCUCUUUGGAUUUGAUGAAUUCAUUACCGAAAACGAAGAUCCGGCAAACGUCUCCGCAGCUUUGAGUCAAAACAUAACCCUGCAUGAUAAACUCCAUCGACUGGCGGAGCUGCGACCCCGCGAUGAGGAGCUACCACAUGUAUCGACCAACUCGUUGCAUGGUGAUUACCUCGGGGAAUGCCUGUCGAAGCAGCAGGAUAUUAGAGAAGCGUUUUGCUCCACAAUGAUUGCGCCGCCUACACCACCAAGACGCAAGAAAGCUGAACUGCCUCCAAGGGAAACCUUGGGAUUGUUUAGGGAUCAAGCCGACCCGGAGAAAACAUUUGACGAAAAGCAACCAAGGCGAACCUACGUGAAAGAGCGUCCACAGCGAAAGCGGAAGCAGCGAGUGCAGUUGUUGUACAUUGAGAGUGAAUCUGAGGACGAGGACGAGCAGGACUCGCACAAUAAGAGCUUCAGCUCUCCGCAGAAGAAGCAACCUCACAGCAAACGACCGCGUAGAGAUAUCGAGCAAGAGGCUAAAUUGCAGGAGUUCAUUACCAGUUUCAACAAGGAGUGUGAGGAAGUGGAAAAAUUCCCAGUUAUCAUUGAAUAGCAUUGUUUUAUUUUUAUUGGUUUUUUUAUACCGCAGAUUAUGGAAAGUAUUGUC